CUAAGAAAGAUGUCAAUCGUUGAAGAAAAUUAGUUGGUUAAAACGAGCUUAAUACAAAAAUAUACCGUUCAUAUAAGAAAUACAAAAUAGUAAUCAUGGGGAAUAGUUUGAGAAAAACAAGACGAAAAACUGAUCUUAGGACGCAUCGAGCAGAAAUACGUGAUAAUGUGCGGUCGCAUCAGAUGGAUAGACCAAUAGAAAAUAUACCGAUUAGAACACAAGAAUCAAGUAUCAAUGAAUUAGUCAUUGACAUAGAGAGACACAUCGAAGACACAACGAGACUUCACCAAGAGUUGGAGAACAAAGCACAUGUGGUGGCUACAUACAUGGAAGAAUUUGUUGAUCGCAUUGGUGAGGACGUAGAAGCCCACAAGCAAGACUAUGACGCCCAGAAGGCUGAGAUUUUAAAGCAGCAGAAGCAGGUGGAUGAAGCCUUCAGAACGGACCUCAAAACAACUCUACUUCAACACCAUUUAACAACCAAUUCUACCCUUUCGCUGGGGCCGUUCUUUCGUCAUGGUGACUCCCGCCUGAAGGAUUUUUACAUGCCUCCAAGGCUUUUUGAAGUAUUGCAAAAAAUAAAGAUUGAUACCAAGAACCGGGCACCAGAAAACCAGAAAUCUCGUAUUACAUCACUUGAACAGCUUCUGACACCUAAUGAUAAAACGAACAAAAUCACAAUCAUAACCGCGAAUGCUGGUGUUGGUAAAACCUCAUUUUGUAAGUUUGUAGCUGUUUUGUGGUGCGCAUUGCAUGACGACCAAACGGAUACAAUCAGCAAAUUUAAAGAGAGGUUUGACAUUCCCUUUGAUUCUUUAGAAGACAUACCCUAUCUCCUCUACAUUCCAAUGAGGGAUAUUCCGCCGGACCACACCCAUUCCAUUGAAGACAUCAUCUUUGCUCACUUGGAAAAUGAGAUUGGAUACCAGAAGCAAGACCGAGAAAAACUGGAAAGGGUAUUCAUUAACGAACGUUGUUUGGUCAUCUUAGAUGGACUGGACGAGGCUUCUUUGUCAAUGUUGAACUCACCAAUGGCAAACCGGAAGUACAGCAUAAUUAUAACAUGCCGCCCAUGGAAACUCGCAGAUAUGGCAUUGCCGAAGUGCAUGCAUGUUAGUAUUGACGAUCUCAGCCAAAUUUCACAAAAACAGCUGUUUAAACACGUGAAUCAAAUCUUAAACAUUUUUUACGGGACAACUUUUGAAGUUGAAGACUUCUUUGCCACUUUAAAAACACUGAAACUCCAGUCACUUUCCUCCAACACGCUCGUGGGACUCCAACUGUACUGCGUCUGGCAAGACCGACGUAUGGACGACGAAACACCAGAAAAUAACAAAACUAGUUUAACGCUUGGACCAACAAGAUCACACAUCUAUGCAGAUAUAUUGGAAAUGAUGUUCAGCUUAGUAAACAACAAAAGCAAAGAAAACUCAGAACGUCCACAAACACCCCCUCCAAUACAAAGGCCUCUUCCUACAUGUUUCGAGGGACGGCAGCUGUGUAAAGCAAAAUCUUCUUUGAUUUAUGAAACAGGAAAAGUUGCUUUUGAUAUGUUAAUUAACUCGAAGAACGAUUUUAACCAGACAACUAUGAAUUCGUUACAAGAUGAGCAAUUUCUUUUAAAUUCAGGACUGAUCUCAGCCGAUAGGUCACACAAGUGCAGUAUUGAAAGCAAAGUGUACCGAUUUCUACACAAAACCUACCUGGAAAUGUUAGCAGCAUUAUAUAUUUCGUCACUGGAUUUCAAGAGUGACGACUGGCUUGCGUUUGAGAACAACUUUAAUACUGCGUUUUCACCGGACUUAAUGUCCUUCCUGUGCGUGAUGAAUUACGAGCAUGGCCGGCGAUGUUCGGAAAUGUUCGGGGAUACGGAGCGUCAGUUUUACAGAGGAGAUACAAUUUAUAAAAAUGAGAUCAUCGAGUACCAAGACGCCGUGCUACUUUCGUACAACGAAUGUGUAAAUAAUGGUCAGUCAAAUCCGCAACUAACGUUAAGACAUGCAUGGCUAAAUAGGAAACACUUUGCGGCAAAACAUCCACUCUUGCAACACAGCCGUAAAGGAUUGAAGUCGUGCGCUAUUCAAUGUUCCGAAGAAUACCCUGUUAAUAUCAGCAUGACAGGCAUGGAACAACUAAGCACACUAUAUAUAUCCAGUGAAAAUGAGAAUGAUACUUAUCCACAAACUAUUCCAACAUGUUCUUUAAACAAAUUAUCAGGCCUAUUUUUUUUCAAUUUGUACAUAGAAAAUGACAAUUUACACCUGGCAUUAUGUGAGAAUCUUAAAAUAUUGGUUCUGGAAUACGUCCACGUCGAUCAUGUGACUAUCGCCCCUGCCCAGCUGGAGGUGUUCUGGGUCAACAUCAAGAAACAAAUGGAAGAGAACACACCCCCUAUUGAGGUGACGUUCGCACAAGGGGAACAGUUUACAGACAAAUUACGAAUGCUCACUCUGGUCAACGUUACUUUAAAUGAAGCCCUUAAUAUAGAGCAGUGUUAUAAACUAAAAAUUCUAAACCUGGACACAUUAACACUUCCUGACGACUUCCACCUGGACCUGUCCUCAUUCACGGGCCUCAUUGAUGUAGUACUACAUGACCUCCGUCUCCACCAUGUGACCAUAGCCCCGGCCCAGCUGGAGAAGUUCUGGGUCGCCAUCAAGGAUGACAUGGUAGAGAAGACACCCCCCAUGGAGGCGACAUUCGCACAAGGGGAACAGUUUACAGAGAAAUUACGAAAGCUCAGUCUGGCCAACGUUACUUUGAAUGAGACCCUUAAUAUACGGCAGUGUGAUAAACUACAAGAACUGCAGCUGGACACAUUAGCGUUUCCUGACGACUUUCACCUGGAUCUUUCCUCCUGCACGGACCUCACUGAAGUUACACUACAGAAUCUCCGUCUCCACCAUGUGACCAUAGCCCCUGCAAAGCUGGAGAAGUUCUGGGUCUCCAUCAAGGAUGACAUGGUAGAGAAGACACCCCCAAUGGAGGCGACAUUCGCACACGGGAAACAGUUUACAGAGAAAUUACGAAAGCUCAGUCUUGUCAACGUUACUUUAAAUGAAACCCUUAAUAUACGGCAGUGUGAUAAACUACAAAACCUGUGGUUGCGCACAUUAACAUUUCCUGACGACUUCCACCUGGACCUGUCCUCCUGCACGGACCUCACUGAAGUUACACUACAGAAUCUCCGUCUCCACCAUGUGACCAUAGCCCCUGCAAAGCUGGAGAAGUUCUGGGUCUCCAUCAAGGAUGACAUGGUAGAGAAGACACCCCCAAUGGAGGCGACAUUCGCACACGGGAAACAGUUUACAGAGAAAUUACGAAAGCUCAGUCUGGUCAACGUUACUUUAAAUGAAACCCUUAAUAUACGGCAGUGUGAUAAACUACAAAACCUGUGGUUGCGCACAUUAACAUUUCCUGACGACUUUCACCUGGACCUGUCCUCCUGCACGGACCUCACUGAAGUAAGACUACAGAAUCUCCGUCUCCACCAUGUGACCAUAGCCCCUGCAAAGCUGGAGAAGUUCUGGGUCUCCAUCAAGGAUGACAUGGUAGAGAAGACACCCCCAAUGGAGGCGACAUUCGCACACGGGAAACAGUUUACAGAGAAAUUACGAAAGCUCAGUCUUGUCAACGUUACUUUAAAUGAAACCCUUAAUAUACGGCAGUGUGAUAAACUACAAAACCUGUGGUUGCGCACAUUAACAUUUCCUGACGACUUCCACCUGGACCUGUCCUCCUGCACAGACCUCACUGAAGUGACACUACAGAAUCUCCGUCUCCACCAUGUGACCAUAGCCCCUGCAAAGCUGGAGAAGUUCUGGGUCUCCAUCAAGGAUGACAUGGUAGAGAAGACACCCCCAAUGGAGGCGACAUUCGCACACGGGAAACAGUUUACAGAGAAAUUACGAAAGCUCAGUCUGGUCAACGUUACUUUAAAUGAAACCCUUAAUAUACGGCAGUGUAUUAAACUACAAAACCUGUGGUUGCGCACAUUAACAUUUCCUGACGACUUUCACCUGGACCUGUCCUCCUGCACGGACCUCACUGAAGUUACACUACAGAAUCUCCGUCUCCACCAUGUGACCAUAGCCCCUGCAAAGCUGGAGAAGUUCUGGGUCUCCAUCAAGGAUGACAUGGUAGAGAAGACACCCCCAAUGGAGGCGACAUUCGCACACGGGAAACAGUUUACAGAGAAAUUACGAAAGCUCAGUCUUGUCAACGUUACUUUAAAUGAAACCCUUAAUAUACGGCAGUGUGAUAAACUACAAAACCUGUGGUUGCGCACAUUAACAUUUCCUGACGACUUCCACCUGGACCUGUCCUCCUGCACGGACCUCACUGAAGUUACACUACAGAAUCUCCGUCUCCACCAUGUGACCAUAGCCCCUGCAAAGCUGGAGAAGUUCUGGGUCUACUUCAAGGAUGACAUGGUAGAGAAGACACCCCCAAUGGAGGCGACAUUCGCACACGGGAAACAGUUUACAGAGAAAUUACGAAAGCUCAGUCUGGUCAACGUUACUUUAAAUGAAACCCUUAAUAUACGGCAGUGUGAUAAACUACAAAACCUGUGGUUGCACACAUUAACAUUUCCUGACGACUUCCACCUGGACCUCUCCUCAUUCACGGGCCUCAUUGAUGUAGUACUACAUGACCUCCGUCUCCACCAUGUGACCAUAGCCCCGGCCCAGCUGGAGAAGUUCUGGGUCGCCAUCAAGGAUGACAUGGUAGAGAAGACACCCCCAAUGGAGGCAACAUUCGCACACGGGGAACAGUUUACAGAGAAAUUACGAAAGCUCAGUCUGGCCAACGUUACUUUAAAUGAAACCCUUAAUAUACGGCAGUGUAUUAAACUACAAAACCUGCAGCUGGCCACAUUAACAUUUCCUGACGACUUCCACCUGGACCUGUCCUCCUGCACGGACCUCGCUGAGAUCUAUUUUGUGAACCUUCGUCUCAUGCAUGUGACCAUCGCCCCGGCCCAGCUGGAGGUGUUUUGUGUAUCUAUCAAUAAUCAGAUGCGGAAGAAGACACCGCCUAUGGAGGUGACAUUUGCAAAUGGUAAACACUUUACAAAGAAACUACGAAAGCAAAGAAUGGACAAUGUUACUUUAAAAACAACCCUUGAUAUACCAGAGCGUGAUAAACAAAACAAUCUUCGCCGUACCACAUGUACAUUAUCGUAAAAGAUAAACGUGAAAUUAAGUUAUUUGAAAAAUGCUAAGGGUAAGUAAUCUGGACGUUAUCAAUAUAUAUGUCAUUUUCAUGAACAAUAUUUUCUUAUUAAUAUAUCCCACAGUUAAAUCAGUUGAAUAGCUAUGAUUUGUGCAAGUUAUCCAAUAUAUCUUAAACAUUUAAAAAAAUGAAUUUACUUUUCUUUUUUACUUCUUAAAGCUGCACUCUCACAGAUUAACCAUUUUUACAACUUUUAAUUUUUUGUCUUGGAAACAGCAAUUUUUUACGUAAAUAUCUGCAAACCAAUGAUAAAAGAAUGCUGACAAAUGAUCGGAUCGCAGAUUUGUAUAUUUCCGUUCGAAAAUUAAUGUUUAAUGGCUUUAACCUUACUAACGGUUUAAGUAAAAUGCAUAAAACCUUGACCUAAAUCUAAGAUCUAAUAUUUUGUCAGCAGUUUUAUAUAACUGGUUUCCAUGGAUUUUCGCAAAAAUUGGCUCGUUUCAAGACUUAAAAGUUGUCAAAACGUUCAAUCUGUGAGAGUGCAGCUUUAAAUAUGUUUUUCAUAUCUUGUAAAUAUUUUGAUUUAUUAUUUAAUUAAACAUUGUUUUACCCCGUGAAUCACAGUCCUAGGAACAACUUUGCUGAUAGGUGUAUUAUAUCGAAAGACAUAUUUUGUGCAAAUAGUUUGUUGGAUCAAGUGGGAUACUUUAGAUAAACAUAAAAUAUUCGUGAUAUUGUAUAUAACUACUCGGGUUUAUGAAAGUAAUACUAACUGUGUAAAUGUGAGGAUAAUUCGAAUACUUGGCCGAUUGUUCGGAACAUUGUUCAAGUUAACAACGUUGUUAAGGUCAUCGCUUACGUUCAGAUCGUUGCUGCUCUGAAAAUCUAAUGGAUUUAAUCGAUGUCUGCUGUAUAUUUUAAAAAGGAUUUAAGACCGCCCAAGCAGCUGUAUGUUAUAUAUUUCAUAUAAAUACGCUAACACAUAAUGAAAUUGUUAUUUUUUUAAACGUUAUUAUCGAUGUCGUAAAUCACAUUGAUUACUUCGACAAAGUUCUGAACAAUCGAGCCAAUGUUUACAACUCCAGUGAAAAUCAAUGUGGUAUAGCCUGAAAAGAUCAUCAAUUGUACAUAGUGUACAUAUAUAACUAAAACUUAUAACAAUAUUCAUUAACAUUGAUAGUUAUGGCAAUAUUUAUAAACAUUUAUAGUUACACCAAUAUUCAUUAAUAUUUAUAGUUACACCAAUAUUCAUUAACAUUUAUAGUUACACCAAUAUUCAUUAACAUUUAUAGUUAUAGAAAUAUUCAUUCACACUUUUGUAAUCUGAUGACAUACAUGUUUAAUUAAUGAUGGAUUGCUUAUCUUAAUGCACUAACACAUCUUUGUAUCCUAAAGAUGGAUGGCUUAUCUAUUGGCGUACCCUUAUGCACUUACACGCCUUUUCAUCCUAAUAAAGGAUGGCUUACCUUAAUGCAAUUAUACAUCUUUGCAUAUCGAUGAUGGGUUACUUACCUUAAUGCACUAACACGGUUUUGCAAUCGAAUAUUAGAUAGCUUCUUUAAUACAUUAACACUUCUUUGCAGCAUAAUGAAGGAUUGCUUACCUUAGUUCACUCACACCUCUUUGCAGCAUAAUGACGGAUGGCUUACCUUAAUACAUUAACACUUCUUUGCAGCAUAAUGAAGGAUGGCUUACCUUAGUUCACUCACACCUCUUUGCAGCAUAAUGACGGAUGGCUUACCUUAAUACACUAACACAUCUGUGCAGCAUAAUGAAGGAUGGCUUACCUUAGUUCACUCACACAUCUUUGCAGCAUAAUGACGGAUGACUUACCUUAAUGCACUAACACAUCUGUGCAGCAGAUAGCUUACCUUAGUUCACACACACAUCCGUGCAGCCUUAUGAUUGAUCAUUAACCUUCAUGUUGUUCUAAAAAACGAACAUUCAACAAUUCGCAUAGAUACCGUCCACGCAAAUAUUGCUGAAACUAGUUUUGUCACUUUUUUAAACAAUGAAAUCUAAAGAAGUGGUGAAUGUGUUUGAAAACGAAAACUAUUGACAUAUCAAUGUAUAUUUACAUGUAUUUUGUUUAGAAUUGACAAUUAUAUGUCCAUUAGAAUUUGCCAUAUAGUUCGCUAUAUGCUAUCUCUUUGGUGUAAUUCUCUGUAGAUUAUGUUUGCCAUGAACUUUAAAUUAUGCAUGUAUUCACAUUAACUGUUGGAUCUCAUGUAGAUGGUAGAUAUUGUCAAUCAUAUUGUAAUUUUCAUUACGAACCUAUGUUUAAUAAUGUUGAUCAGAUGGUCAUCUAUUAAGACGUUAUUUCAUAUGUAAACACACUUAAGAGUGUACUUAUUGUCAACGAAUCUAUUUUUUUCAUGUAUUGUGCUUGCAUUUUAUCAUUAUUUGAUUUGCAAUUUAGAAUGUAAAUUUGAAGAUGAAGCAUAUGUUUCAUCUGUUAUGAUAAAAGAAGGAACUUUUAACAAAAGGGUUGAUUUUCGUCGGUUAAAAGUGGUCACAAUGUGAUCACAGUCACUUGGAAUUUCUAAACCAAACAUCUAUUUAAUGAGUGGUCAACAUUUUAUUUUGUCCUUUCAAAAGGAAAUACUUCUCAAGUGUUCUGAUUUUUCUGACAUUUAUUUCUGUAAAUAAGCAGUUUGAUUUUUAUCAGAUAAGGCGGUAAAAAUGAAUAUUGACUGGUCAAGAAAGUGGGUAGUUUACAAAAUAGUAUGUUGACCACUAAAACAUUUUAUAUGUUCUUAUGUUUGUAAUUACGUACUUACAAUUAUUAACCAUUACAUAAUCAGUAAAUAUAUCUUUACUUUACAACGAAAUGGACAUGAGCAUGAGUCAUAUAGUUGUUUAUUUGUGUCUUUUUUGAACACAUGAGGUAUUUGUAGUGAUCUUUUUCUUUAUCCAUCUGAACACCUCGGCCAUUUUCCAUCGAAAACUACCUCUGAUGUAUAUUGGCGGUUUAGAUUGUCAGAAUGUUUACAUUUAAGUACGCUACAAGUUGAUCGCGUAGUAAUUAAAAUGUAGCAGUUUAACCCAAUGGCUUUCCUCUAGGAACCUUAAUAAGUUAUGCACUAAUGCAUUUCAAUUGCAAUCCCUUUGAACAUAGAAGUAUACAAUACACUUUUAACACUGAAAUUAAUUGAUCAUACAAUUCAAAAUUUUACGAACUACUUCUACUGAUGUACCGGCCUACAACCGAGUAUUUUCUAUGGAAAAUGGCUGAUGUUUUGCAAAUGUGUAUGAAGUUGCGCCAGAAGACCACCAGACAUCUCUGGUACCUAACUCUCAAAACUCUGGUGUCUCCUUGCGCCAGAAGAGAAACCAGACAUCUGUGGUGCCUGUCUCUCGGCACUCUGGUGUUGCCAUGCACCAGAAGACCACCAGACAUCUCUGGUACCGGACACUCAGCACUCCGGUGUCGCCUUGUGCCAGAAGACCACUAGACAUCUCUGGUACCGGACUCUCAGCACUCUGGUGUCGCCUUGCGCCAGAAGACCACCAGACAUCUCUGGUUCCUGACUCUCAGCACUCUUGUGUCGCCAUGCGCCAGAAGACCACUAGACAUCUCUGGUACCGGACUCUCAGCACUCUGGUGUCGCCUUGGCUUUAGGUAUGUACUCGAUAUACAUUUGUAAACCACAAGCCAUCUAUUAAAUGAACAACUAAAACCACGAAGAAAUUAGGCUGGUCUGUACAUAAAUAAAAUACAUGUAAUUUAUGAUAAAAAUAAUCAAUCAUCCUGUUUUAUGUGAUAAAAUAAGUUGCGCAAAAAAUGUUCACACAAACCCAUAUAUUCGUGUGUUUUUUUGUAAAGAAGACAAAACAAAUACCGAAAACUUUCUAAUAUUUUUUAUAAUGUUUGUAAAACCUCUAACUGAAAUAUAAACAUUCUCCUUUUAGAUUAAUGGUUCACUGGGUAUUUAUGUAAUUGCAAGAAAAAUAAAUUAUAACGAAUGAUUCUCAGCUUGCUUAAACAAUGUUGUCGUCUGCAAUCAUGUUUUAUAGACAAAGAUCUAGCGUUCAGUCUUUGUGAAGUGAAACCAACAAAGUAGCAGACAUCAGACAGUGGAAUGCGAACCACUGCAGGGAAAUACAGUACACGUUUCACAUACGAAAAUGUAGAGAUACCAGUUGCUACUUACCAAAGCGGACCACGAGGUCAGAGAUUAUUAUUACAGGGACUUCCGGAUUCUAUCCUGGACAAAGAUGACCAACAUUAUAGUUUAAAGGUCACACAAGGACAGUAUCGUCAAGGUGACUGAUAAAUCUGAUCGGCCUCCGUCAAAACCUAUGGUAGCUUCAGCUCAGACACUCGGGAUGUUAAUGCAUCAAUGAGACACCAGCAUAACAAGGAAAACCUUCCCUUAAAUACUGUGUACAAAACUGGGAGUGAACGAUCUUUUUUCUUUUACAUCUAUUGUAAUUGAAUAUUUCUAGUAGUGCUUAUAUAAUAUUUAAACAGAUCAAUUGUCAUUGUAUUUCUUGUGUUGAAGUUUGUUUAACUGUGCAUUUAGUACUAUAAACGAUAACACUUACUGACUUUUUCAUUUAGUAAUUGUGAUGUGUUUUAUUUCUUCAGCGAGCUGUCACUCACCAACAUCAGGAAACAUCCCUGAUCAACGUCUUUUCCAGUUCAUGUUGAUACUGACCAAGCCAGCAGCAGUACCGCUGAUCUUUAUCCAUAUGCUCUUGAGGAUAAAUAAGAAGAAGUCUCAUCUGAUACGCCUGCCCAUUCUGUUGACCAUACCAAUCCAGCUGCGGAAGACUUAUUGGACCAACUUACGGAACCAACCAUCUCAUUGACUGCUCCAACAGGACAUUGUUCACUGUCAUGAAUGUAACGAACUACAGUCGCAACACGUUAACAUACGAACCAAACCUACCUACUGAUUGCUACUUGUAUAUCUUCAAUUCAAUUUUACCUGUGGAACUCCCAUACCAGAGUGGUAGUAGCUAGAAAACGUUUGGAAACUCCAUAGUUAUAUCCUUUUAGGCAAGCAAAUUAAGUAACGGAAUGAACGUGUGUUGUGAUUCUGGGACAUUGGUGGUGUUAUUGAUAGCUCUUCGAAAACUAAAAACAAACCUGGGUGUCCCAUUUAUGAGAUCUGCAUAGAAAAUGGAAAAGAUCCAAUCGUCAAGCGCCCAUAUUGUAAAUAAAACAUGAGUAGACAACUGGAACAUUCAUAAGAAUAUGUUGCAAUAUGAAUAAUAUUCUGCAAUGACAAUUAAUGUGUAAAGCAAUCAAUCAGUUUUUUUGUUGGGAAUAUUAAAAACCAGAGUUCUGUUUAGAUUUUGUAUACUAUUAUAGCAAAAGAUACUCUUGGUAUAAGGGAUUUGUAAGCUGUUGUGUACUCAAGAAUUAAAUUCAGGCUAUUGUGUCAGCCAUGGUAUCGUUCUGGCGAACUCUAUGCAACACGAUUAGACUUCAUCAUAACUUUAGUAAUCAUUUAAAUUUUUCAAAUAAAACUUGCUAACAACGAUCAAAAUACACAAGUAUAGAAACCUUCAUUACUUGUUUGUAAUAUAAUUAAAAUGCCCCUUUUAAACGUUGAAAUGAGAAACGAGCAAAUGCAAUUAUGGGUGACUCUUGUAUUGAUAGCUUUAGAAUCUGUGAAUCCCAAACCAAAGUUUGUUUUUAUGUUUGAAAGAAGAAAGUGUGUUUUUGUAUGAUUUUAAUUAGAUACAAAGCUGUUUUCGUUGUUAUAAUGUCUGAUCAUUUAUUUGAUAUCUUGUUAUAUCUUUGUGUGUAUAAACUGAAUUGCUUGUAUAAAACACCCUGACCUAAUGUUUAAAUGUGUGGCUGACUGAAAAAAAUGUGCCUUUUUGUGUAUUUUUGUAGGAAUUUCCGAA